AUGCGCCUACUCGCCUACUUCAUGGCCUUGCUUUGCAUCCUAGUUGAUGCGGCUGUUGGGGCUCCCUUCCCUCAGCCUCAAGCGAGCGCUCAUGCGCACGCCCAAGCGUUCGCGCAAGCACAAGCAAGCUCAGCAUCGGGCCCAGCAUCAGGACCUCAGGCAGACGCUCAAUCAGACGCGCAGAUGCAGUCGCAGGUGCAAUCGCUACUUUUCCAGGAUCCAGAGCCUCAAGGUGAGCUGCGAGAUGCUUGCAUCAAGUGACCAGCUUCGUCCUUUCCCGAUAGCUCACAUCUUGCCGCUGCAACUGCCUGACAUAGUAUGGUCCUAUGCAAAGAUGUCUGAGAUGAAUGAUCCGGUCAACGCGCACAAAGCUUGGGCCAUGGCGUGCAUGAAGAGACAUAAGAAGCUGGCCUCCAAGCUCAUUGCACCCUACACCAUCUACGCGGUAGAGGCUGGUUCAAAGAUGGUAGGCGUCUCCUGCGUCGCUUUCGUCAAGGGGCCCAAUGGAAAAGAGACGCAACCUCUAGAUCUCACUGGUGCGGUGGGCACCGCGCUGAAAUGGGACCACAUCGUACCUGGCUCCAGGAAGACACCUUGUCAACAGGGCGAGGUCCCAGGCCAAGGCAAGGCCAAGUGCAGUACCAAGUCCCCAAGCAAUCCUAGUGGCAAGAAGCUGACGCCGCAGCAAAUGCAGCAGCAAAUGCAGCAGCAGCAGCAGCAGCAGGAAGCGCAACAAGCGCAACAAGCGCAGCAAUUGCAGCAAGCAGGUGCUCAACAGCAAAUGUCGCCCGAGAUGGUUGCUGCCCUGAUGGCUGCUCAACAGGGUCAAGCCGCAGGCUUGGGAGCGGCUGAGAUGAGUGCAGGUGGUGCUCCAGCGUCAGGCUUCGGCUUGCUGCCCACCUCUGGCAGUAAUCCAGUCUAUAGCUCUCAGCUAGGCUCGCCUACCAACGGCGGUCCAAGUGCGAGCUCAGGCAUGUCUACCAACGCUAUUGGAGGCCUAGGAGGAUCAAGAUUGCCUGCAUACGCGACCAGCAGAGCUAGCUCAAUGUCAACAUCUCAUGCUAGCGCUAAUGGCGCAUCAGACAGCGAUCCCCGCACCCAAGCUCUCACGAACGCUUUAUCCAGCAGCAGAGCCUCGAGCGCGACCCAUAAUGCUCAUGACUAUACUUCAUGA